GCGCCGUCCCUAUAGAUUAUUAUUCUUAAGUUUAUGAAUUCAGUUGCGUUCUGAUGUCAACAUGUCGCCACAGCGUCGAUGUAUUGUAAUCGUAUUAUUAACAGUGGGGGUAAUCCACGCGUCUCCGAAACUCAACGAUGUACGCAUUAAGACACAAAAUUGUGAAAAUUCUCCUCAAGGCCAUGUCUUCGACGAAGCCCAGGCCAUAGGUACAUGGCACGCUCAACGACACAAAUCAGACAAACCUUACUUCUUCAGGGACUCCGAAUGUGCACAGUUAACUUCGGUUAACGAACAGGAACGAAAUGAAGUUAAAAAAAAGAUCGGAAACUACACCGCCAAUUUAAAAUGGGAGAACUUAACAUUGAGAAUGCAAAUACCGUGUCAAAGUACGAGUAUGAGACACAAUGUUACAGAAGACCAUUAUCUGGAAAGACUUGAUGGUCACGGUAUUUACAGGACUCUACACGUGCCUCUGCCGUCUGCUAAACUAGAACUCGGCGCAUUACGUAGUAUCGCAAUACGUUUGAAGAUCAUUGAAAAUGAGUAUCUUGGUUUAAUGGGCUGUCAUGUUUUCUUUUUGUCCAAGAAGCCGUUUGACGAUACAGACAUCGAAGAACGCUUGAAUAACACCUACAAAUAUUGGCCAAAGGAUUUGUCAUAAAGGUCGUAAAUAUUAUACAUAUACUAGCUUUUGCCCGCGACUCCGUCCGCGUGGAAUAGUUAUUUUGGCAUAACGCUAAAUUUUACCCCACUUCAUUUACGUAGAA